UCUUCUUUAUCCGCUUGAGACUUUUGUUUCCUUCCCUUUUUUCUCCGUCAGACUGGAACGACGUUCCUGUCACGUGACUGUGGAACGAUCUUCACGUGCGUCCGCUCAGAGCUGGUGGCUCGCCCUGCACCUGGGUGUAGCGAGUUCGCAUCCUGCUCUUUGAACGACGGCCAGCGGGCGUGUGUCUGUGUGGACGGGUAUGAGGGCGAUGGGCAAACGUGCAAGGAGAAGAAGGGCCCUGAGGAGGAGGAGAAGAAGAAACUCAUCGAAGAUGGACUGGACGGUAUCUGCGGAGACUGCAACUCGGUGAAGGAUGACUACAGGACUCGGGAUGGAAUGGAUGUGAGUGCUGUACCAAACUUUUUCUCACUCAUUGGGAACUCUUACCUCGUGCCUGAUCCUUUAGGCCUGGACGAUUCGGAGGACAAUAAAAUGCCCUACAAACAGCCACUACAACCCGCUCAUGUCCGGCUGUCAGUCAUCUUGCCUUGGCCCCGCCCCCCGCGUUUGCCCAUUGGCUGAGAGGGAAGGCUGCGAGUGUGACCCUGGCUUCGUCCUUGACAACGGGAUGUGUAUACAACAAGAGGACUGUGGCUGUAGCGAUGUCGACGGCGUGUACAUUCCUAUGGGAACCAGUAUUGUCAGCCCUGACUGUACUCGAAGAAUCGAAUGCCAGCCCUCCGAAUUCGGUUCUCUGCUCGUGGCCACGCCCCUUGACAACGACGCAUGCGCAAAGGAAGCCAUCUGCUCUGUGCGUGAUGGGAAUGACAUUCAGUGCGUCUGCAAACCCGGUUACGUUGGUGACGGUUACGAAUGUCUACCAGUCCCAGGUAAGUGGAUCGGGACUGACUGUUACUUACUUGCUUGGUUAUUUGGUCACCAUUGCUGCUCCUCCCUCCUCUCCAGGGUCCAUGAAAUUGAAAGGGUUAGCUUACUGAUCGGGCCAGUCAUCGGCGGGUUGGAUAUUCUUCUGGCUUUUUCACGCAUUUUGCUGACUCUCCUCGAUCCUCUUGAGACACCAGCCUCCCUCCUAAGUCUUUCCAUUGAGUGUGAUGGGGUGCCUUCAUACUUCAUCUUCUCUGUAGUCGUUAAACCAUGCUGUCAAUGCUGCCAUGAUUGUUGUUGGGUCUAA